CCCCCACACCCGCCUGCCGGUCCUGCGGUCGGGUCCCAGCGCCGUCCGCUUGCGUCGCCCGCGCAGAACCAGCUCCCUGAGCCGCCCGGGCGGCGGGCAAGUGGGGAGCGGGCUUAGGCGAGCCCCAAGAGGCGCAGGCCUGGCCCGGGCCCCGCAGGUCUGCGUGUCUGUUCCCAGCACUCUGCAAGGCCAGAAAAGGAGGAGGAACCUGUCCAGAAUCCCUGCAGGACAAGAAAAGGAAGGAAAAUCUCAACAUGGAAAAACUCUGCAAGGAAAAUGAAGGAAAGCCGGAAAGCGAGGGAAAGCCAGAGGAUGAAGUAGAGCCUGACAAUGAAGGAAAGUCGGAUGAGGAAGAAAAACCAGAAGUGGAGGGGAAGUCAGCACAUGAGGGAAAGCUCCAGAACGAGGGACAACCAGAAGAUGAGGGAAAACCAGAAGACGAAGGGAAGCAAGAGAAGCAGGGCAAGUCCGAAGAUGAGGGAAAACCACCUGGUGAGGGCACGAUGGAGUCCCAGGCAAAGCCAGAGAGUGAGCCACGGGCUGCCGAAAAGCGCCCCGCUGAAGAUUACGUACCCCGGAAAGCCAAAAGGAAAACAGACAGGGUGACAGAUGAUUCCCCCAAGGACUAUGAGGAGGACUUACAGGAAAGGCAUUUGGGCAGUGAGGAGAUGAUGAGAGAAGGUGGAGACCUGUCAAGGGCUCAGGAAGAGCUAAGGAAAAGACAGAAAAUGGGUGGUUUUCAUUGGAUGCAAAGAGAUGUACAGGAUCCAUUCACCCCAAGGGGGCCACGGGGUGUCAGGGGAAUGAGGGGCGGAGGUAGGAGCCAAAGGGGCUUACAUGAUAUCCCCUAUCUUUAAUGCCUUUGGCCUUCAAUUCUGAUUCUCUGAUGAGAAUGUCACUGACCCUGCUUUCCCUGGCAGGCAUUUGCCAGGCUGCGUGCUUUAACCGUAAGCUGAUAUUUGCUUUAGGUGUCACUUGUUACCAGCAGCCUUUUGGUCCAACUACAUUGCUGUCUGUGUUUCAGUAGGGGAUUUUCACCCAUGUGCAUGAAAGAGAUGUUCAUGGUACACUGUAAAAUAACAAUAAAGAAAAAUGGUUUUCAUAACUGAAAA